AUGAGUUUCCAAACAAAUUCAACAGAAAUCGAGAGCGAAAUCGAAGAGGUAGGCAUCUUUGCCAGAAGGGGACAGGUGAUGAGAUCUCCGCCGCUGAGCCAACCACCAGCACCAAAAUCCACAAGCGAUAAAUACAUCGGAGAGCAGCCAAACCUGCAACACGAGAAAACUAAGCUGGGUGAGGCCAAAAGGGCAUCUGAUGAACUCUACGAGUACAUUAACAUUAAGCCUCGCAGUAACGUUCACGCCGUCAUAAGGACCUUGACGAUUAAAAUCAAAUCGGCGCUUGCAGCAGCCGAACGCGAGCAACAAUUCUGGAGAGCAAAAGCUGAAAAGGCGGAGAACGCACUGAAAGAGAAUGUGCAGAGUAAGCCGAUAGAAGCGAUCUCGACACCAAUGAGUGACAGUACCCCGUUAACCGCGAAAAGGAAAAGACUAACUCCUGAAGAGAAAAGGGCAGCAAAGAAACAAAAAGAUGGUAGCGAAGUGGCUAAUGGUGAAAGCAAACAGAACAACGAAGAGAUAAAUGAGUGGAAAAAGAUCGAAAGAAAGAAAAAAGAAGAGAAGAAGAAAGAAAAAUUAAAGCCUAGGCUGGAGAGGCCAAAGCCGGACGCUCUGAUUGUGGCUACAGCGGGCGCUGCAACAUAUGCUGAGAUUUUGCGAAAAGUUAAAGAGGAUCCGUCCCUGAAAAAUCUCGGAGAAAACGUGGCCAAAGUAAGGCGAACUCAAAAUGGACAAUUGCUGUUCGAAUUGAAGAAGGACCCAACGAUUAGAAGCUCAACUUAUAAAGAGCUUGUCGAGAAAUCUUUGGGCGAAACAGCGAAAGUGAGAGCUCUGUCCCAAGAAACAGUUGUAGAAUGUAGAAACCUGGAUGAGAUCACUACAGAUACCGAAUUGAGAGUAGCCCUGAAUGAACAGUUUGAGCUGGGAGAAGUCGCCAUAUCAAUCAGGCUGAGGAAAGCAUUUGGAAAUACUCAAAUAGCAACCUUAAGACUGCCAAGAACCGCAGCUAGCAAGCUAUUGGAGGUUGGUAAGAUGAAAGUCGGAUGGACGGUGUGUUCCCUGAGAGCUAUCCAGCAAGUAUCUAGGUGUUUCAAGUGCAUGGACUUUGGCCACCAAGCAAAGUACUGUAAAGGACCUGACAGAUCGGAGCUCUGUAUAAGAUGCGGCGACAAGGAGCAUUUGGCAAAGAAUUGUACUAAGCCCCCAAGGUGCAUGCUCUGCACGACGGAGGAAGAAAAAGACCACGCCACAGGGGGAUCGAGAUGCCCGGUCUAUAAAAGGGCGAUGGCAGCAAUAACCAAAUGGAGGUAA